AUGGUGAAAGCACAGGAGAAGAAUUCCUUUUUUGAACUUGACGUGCAGACUCUCGUUUCAUCAUCAAAAUGGCUUCAGCUACAUGGACUCAAGAGAAACAGGUUGACCCUGUCUCAGAUCUUGUCACAGAUUGGGUUUAAACAUAGAGAAGAAUUUGAUUAUGGGUUGCAGAAGCCCGUGUCAUCAUGUUAUGGUGAAGGCUUGUUCCAGCGAUAUGUGAGAAAAGAUGGUAGGAUUUACAAUCUAACAGCCAGUAAGGAACAGCUUCAGCAGUUUGCUGUCGCUCUCACUCAGGCAAUACGAUGCUUCCAACGACGAUUGGAGUGGCUGACCAGUGGGAGUAAACAGUUUUUUGGUGUAAUACAAGAACAUUGCAUAGUCAUCGUCUUAGACUUUGCCCCCAUGCCUCAGAGACUGUUUCAGCUUUCCCUUGAUGCCCUUUGCAUGGUUCUCCAGGAACAGGCAGCACUGAUUGGGAAAAUUAAUCUUAUCAGGGCAGCUGAUGAAAUGGUUGUAUGGCAGGAGAAAGCUGUACCUGUUUCUGCACAGACAAUAGGCUCAGCAAUUGAUUGGAUAAGGAAUCUUCACCAAAUGCCAACUACUAGCAAGACAAGUUCGGUGGAGGCUGUGUUACAAGCGACAAGCGAUAAUACUAUUGAUGCAGUUUACUUUUUCACUGCUGGUGAUGGUCCUGAGGCGAUGAGAGAGCUUUUGCGACGGAAGUUGGCUACGAGCCCAUGCCCGGUCCACACUGUAUCAUUUAAUGCCAAGGAGGAAGGCACAAUUCAGUUCCUGAAAGAUUUGGCUCAUUUAACUGCAGGAAGAUUUCAUGCAUUUGCACCAAUCAGUGAACGUGACGAAGAUGAAACUGUCUCCACCAAUGAUGUGAAAGACAGAGAUACCGAGGCCCCAGAGACCCCAAGGAAACUGAUUGGAGGUUUGUCACCAGGGGCUGGAGUCAGAGAAGAUGUGUUCCUUAUCUGGAACGAAAUAGAAGAGGCUAAGAGCACAUUGGCAGAAGUUCACACCCUCUUAAUGGAAGCACCUGAGUCUGUGUUUAAUGCAGCAUCUGUGAAGAGAGAAACAAAGUCAACAUCCCUAAAGCUUGCAACAAACUCAGAGGACUGCAUAACUUCAAAGAAAUGGCUUGAAAAGUAUGGAUUGAAGGUGCGGAGAUUAUCUUUCUACGAUGCCCUUGCGGAUUGUGCUUUUCGACAUUCUGAUGGUGUAGUGGAUAUAAAAGGGAAGCCUGUGAAUGAAAACCUGCAGACUGAUGCAGAAACUAGAGUGAAACUGGUGAAUGCCAAAUACUGUGGCCGCUUUGCACACACUCGCUGGAAGAACGGCUCUGUAAUGCAUGUUUACAUAACUGCAGAGAAACGCAAACAGUACAAACAGAGAAUGAAGACUGCAUUGGACCAGAUCCAAAGGAGAAUUGACUGGCUUCAGCAGGGGAGUAGGGAGCUCUUUGGGACUAUAAUUGAGGAUCAGAUUUACAUCCUAAUUGACACUUCUCAAUCCAUGGAAGAUAAAAUGGAGAUGGUGCAAAGAAAGAUCUUUCAACUCAUGCAGGAACAACUUCAACACAAGACCAAAUUCAAUUUUGUAAAGUUUGACUCCAGAGCUGAUCCGUGGCAGGAGAAGCUGGCAGAGGUAAAUGAAGAUAAUCUGGAAAAGGCAUGGUCUUGGGUUAAAGGCCUCCAGGUCGGGGGUUCCACAAAUACUUUGGGAGCAAUACGACUUGCCCUUGCUGAUGGUGGGACUCAAGCUGUUUAUCUCCUCACCGAUGGAAGACCUGACCAGCCUCCGAAAACCAUUAUUGCUCAGGUACAGCUCGUCUGCCUGGUCCCUAUUCAUUGCAUUGCAUUUAACUGCAAUGAUGUUGAAGCCAAUGAGUUUCUAUUUGAGCUUUCCGCGAAUACAGGUGGACGGUUCCAUUGCUACAGCAGUGAUAUGACAGUGCCUUCUAACCCUCCGCCAUUUCAGAGUGAAGAUAUUUGCCUUUUGAAGAAAGAAAUGGAGAAGGGGAGAAAUGAUUUGGAGAAGGUAGAAAAGCUGUAUGCUGAAUGUGUAAUGCUGGACUGGUAUUACAACGGGGAAGAAACCGGUCUAAAACACGAUAUCAAAGCUGAUGAUCGAACUGGGAGUGACGAUACAUCUCAGCAACUUUCUCGAAAUGCUAAGGCACUUUUGAGACCCAAAUCAGCUGUGGAUUGGACACCAGCUGCACAUCGAAACCACAGGGAUCGGUACCAUAUUUAUAGCGCAGAUAGUGACAAGAGAUCAAAAGAACUACAAAGGAAGAAAGCCCUACAUGCUGCUCAUACCAAGUCCAGCUUACUCCGGAGUUUGAGCAAUGGUGUUAAAAUUGAUGAGAAUCUGGUGGAUGAGUGGCUGCUUCCAGAAAACAAGGAGCUGUUCGUAAAUAACCACAACAAGGAAUUGAAAGCUCUGAAAGGCCUCAGUUUGAUUGAAAGCAAACCUUUGACAAAAAAAGGAAGCAGACCAGCUAAAAACUCUCUGGAUAUUUCUUCAGCUUGCUGGCUGAAGACAAAUAGCUUACUUGCAAAGAGACUCACUAUAAUGGAUGCACUUGCACCGACGGCUGUAGCUCAAACUUCCAAAUAUGUCCCAAUCUUAGACAAGUAUAUUGUGUCCAAAGUCUUCGAUGAGAUGCUACCAUUCGCGCAUGUGAGCAAUUGCAAGAAGCAGAUCACACUCAUUAAUCCAUUGGGUGUGAACCUGAAACACUACAAAAAAAGACUCCUCCACGCCAUCCAUUGCUAUGAAAAGCGUCUAAAUUUAAUUGUAUGGAGAGCAUUAUCUCAGGAGGAGCGAGAUAAGUUCAAUAGUGAUAAACCAAUCUCAUUUGGAGACCACAGAGAGGCCUUACUGCAAGCAUUGGACAGAAUGGAUUGGCCUAUUGCUCAAGAAGAUAUUACAUUAUUGGAAGAUGAAAUCCAGACUGGUUAUACAUAUAAACAACAGACCUCAGACCUCCAGAAGGCUGCUCGAGAAAAGGAGCCGGAAAACAUGCAUCAUGUUCCCAGGAACCAUAGUCCCAGUGUACAGAACACCACAAAACAGGACAGAAGAAGAUUGGAUGCACUCAGAGGUCAGAGGGUAAUUGCAAGAUCAGAAGUUGAUGGUUUUUAUUACCCAGGAAUUGUGACUAAGUGUGUUGGUGCAAGGAAAGCCAUAAUUGACUUCAUGAAAGGAGACACCCAGAUUACAUCAACCAGAUUUUUAAUUUGUAUUGGAGGAGCUUCACCCUGUCCCUCAUUGAAAAUGGGAGACUUUGUUUUGGUUCAUAGUGAUUCAGAGGCUGGAAAUGAUUUCUAUUUACCUGGGGUUGUCAUAGCAACUCCAAACAGAGCAGCACCAGAUGACAAAUUUUAUACAGUUUUGAAAUAUAAUAAUAGAAAGGAACAUUCAUUUCGUGGUGAACUGAUUAAAAUCAGCAAGACGCAAUAUACCUCCAUCAGACAUUACAUACAAGAGGCUCAGAUGAUAGAUCGCACAAUGUGA